ACAAAAAGCCAGGGUCAGGGAAUCAGCCUUAAGAUGAGUGGGGUGGGCUCCCAGAAGACUGCAGUCCUGGACCUGAGGCUGGAAGACAGCCAAAGAGAUAUGAUGAACAUCAGAAACUAGAAAGUGUUAUUGAAUGGAGUGGGCACCGUGCACAUCCAUCCUGGACCCCCUCAUGCAUUACCUCGUUUAAUGCUAUGACACUUUAGAGAAGGGAGAAUCUUUCCCCAAUGAAGAAACCGGCUUCUCCUGAUCCCUGAUGAAGAUGCUGGGGAUCAAACCCAGGACCUUAUUAAUGCAAGGCAAGUAAUCUACCACAGUUACAACAUCACAGCCCAGCUUUUGUUUAUCUUAACAUGCAAAGGCUGCUGUGCAUCUCCUUGUACACAGUCAUGUAGUCAGUGUUAGAUCUCUGGCAAUUUCUGGCUUCCCUUGCCAUUUUUGAGGAGUGCUGGUUAGGUAUUUUGUUUUUCUCCUCAAUUUGGGUGUGUCCAGUGUUCUUCACAAAGGUAAGCCCUGUCCUUAUAUUCUCUCAGGGAGUAUAUGACGUCAGCGUGGUGUGCCACAGAUGCUGCCUGCCUCUAUCAGGCUGCACCUUGAUGUACCAAUAUGACACGGAGCUAGGUUGAGAUGGGUGUGCAGGCCCCUGCGCAGCACCUGCACAGGAGUGUGAAGACAAGUUCUUUGUUGUUUUGUGUUUGGGUUCCGACCUCAUGCAACUGGAAGGAACACCAAGGAUCUCCUCGGCCCGGCUCCCCGCCCAGCGUUCCGCCCACUUUUCCCCGGUGGCCCUGCCCCAGCGUCCUGGAGGUUUAGCUGCCAGGGGCCAGAUCUGCUUGGACACUUAAGGCUCACUGCACAAAGCCUGCUGAGCAGGAACCUCUGACCCCUGAAACAAUGGAUAGAUUUGACCUGAUUAAGAUCAUCGGGGAAGGCACCUUUGGGAAAGUAUACUUGGCAAAAAACAAAAGAGAGAGCAAUUAUUGUGUCAUAAAAGAGGUCGAUUUUAUACAGGCAAAGGAAGCUUCUAAGAAAGAAGUGAUUCUUCUGGCUCAGAUGAAGCAUCCCAACAUUGUAACCUUCUUCAGUGCAUUUCAAGAGAAUAGCAGGCUGUUCAUCGUAAUGGAAUACUGUGACGGAGGGGACCUCAUGCAGAGGAUCCGGAGGCAGAGGGGAGUGUUAUUCAGUGAAGAUCAGAUCCUGUGCUGGUUUGUACAGAUUUCUCUAGGAUUGAAGUACAUCCACGACAGCAAGAUACUACACAGGGACAUAAAAUCUCAGAACAUUUUUCUUAGCAAGAAUGAGAGGGUUGCAAAGCUUGGGGACUUUGGAACAGCAAGGGCACUUACUAAUUCCAUGGAACUUGCUCAGACAUGUGCUGGGACACCUUACUAUCUGUCCCCAGAGAUUUGUCAGAACAGACCAUACAACAAUAAAACGGAUAUUUGGUCUCUUGGAUGUGUCUUAUAUGAGCUCUGCACACUCAAGCAUCCUUUUGAGAGUAAUGACCUACAUCAUCUGGUUCUGAAGAUUUGUCAAGCACGUGUUGCUCCCAUAUCACCCCACUUCUCUCUUGACCUGCAGUCCUUGAUACCUCAGCUCUUUAAAGUGUGUCCUCAGGAUCGACCAUCUAUCAAUUCCCUUUUAAAAAGGCCUUUUCUAGAGACUCUCACUACCCAAUACUUGUCUCCUGAGGUCCAUUCAAGAAGAAUUCAGUCCCAUGGUCAUGUGCAGAAUGCAGCUGCAGACCUCACAACUCACUGGGGAGGUAGUCCACGGUCUGCUGCAUAUCUCCAGAGGAGAUUUGAAGCUCAGCAGUAUAAGCUAAAAGUGGAAAGACAGUUGGGUCUUCGCCCAUCUUCUGCUGAGCCACAUCCCAACGAGAGAGAAAAGCCACAAAGCCACAGAGGGGAGACUAAACUCCAGGAGCUCCGGUAUAGGAAGAACAGGAUGAAGGACCAGAAAUAUUGGAAACAGCUAGAGGAGAUCCGCCAACAAUACCACAGUGACAUGAAGGAAAUUAAAGAGAGGAUGGGGAGAGAGUUGAAGGAGAUGAAAGAGAAUGCAGACCUCAGUCAUAAAACCUACCUGGUGAAGAGGAGUAACCUGCCCGCCCACCCUGAUGCACCCAAGGAAGAAGCCUCGACACAGAGAGGGAUGAAGUUUGAAAUUAGCCUGGAUAAGUGUAUUCCCGAGGAAGACGCUGUCCAAGAGAAAGAGACAGUGGAUAAACUAAAUGAUACUUUGAGCUUUGAAGACGGGAUGAAGUGUCGGGAGUGUAGACCUAUAAAGGAGCAUGAAGAUUACACAGACAGAGCCUUUGAGGAACUCUGUGGCUCAGAAUCAGAGGGUUUCUUCUCAGAUAACGUUGUUGUGGAGAACAGGAGGCAGUGGGAUACCAGACCACCUCAGACUCUCCUGCAAAUAAUGGCAACAGCAGAUGUGACCUCCACCUGCCCCACCAUGCCUGAUGAUGGCCAAGUUAUUGUGAUGGAAGGCAGUCCAGAAAAUGGGAAGCAGUGGUGGUGUGACGUGCCAGGGACCCUGAGUGCUCUGACAGCAACACACGCCUGCAGUAGCUCAUUGUUGGCCAGUGAAGGAGAACCUGGAUGUGUACAUGAUGCCAGAUGCUGUGUACCUAUGGUUCUAGCACUUCAGAAGCAGAGGCUGGAAGACCUUGCAUAUGAGACAGCCUGGGUGUUAGAAAUGGAUUUGAGUGUUCCAAGAAAAUGAACACGUGAUCCAAAGUAUUUCAGCAAGGCAAAAAGUUUUACUUCUGCAGAAAGGUGUGUAGUCCUGUCAACCAAACAGGCAAGCACACACUGCUGGAGCACCAAAGGAUUCCCCCCCCCAGGAUUUUUAUUCUGAACACGAAAGGAAUACAGAAACAGGCAGAUAUAGUUAUUAUAAUACCUGACAAAAUAGAUUUAAAUCCAACACUAAUCAAAAGUGAUAUGGAAGGACAUUUUACAUUCCUUAAGGAAAAAAAUCUAAGAAGAUAUUACUGUCCUAAACAUUUGUGCACCAGAGAGUCACCCACUUUCAUAAAAACAAAUGCUAUUAAAUCUAAAGUCACAGACUAACUUUGACACAGUGACAUUGGGAAACUUCAGCUCUCCACUCUUACCAAUCCAGACAAAAACCGAAUAGAGUAAUGGUGGGCUAAAUGACAUCAUAAAUCAAAUAGACCUAACAGACAUCCAGAGGAUACUCCACCCAAACACUAAAGAAUACAUUUUAUUUGUUCUCAGUAGCCCAUGAGACUGUCUGCAUAUUAGGACACAAGGCAAGGCUCAACAAAUUUACACAGGAAGAUUGAAACAGCAUGCUGCGUGUUAUCCGACCACAAAGGAAUAAAGCUGGGUGUCAACAGCAAUAGAAGGAACAGAAAGCACACAAACUCGUGGAAAGUUAACAAUGUACUACUGAGUGAAAACCAUGUCAGUGGAAAAAUCAAGAAGGAAGCUUAACAUUUCCUAGAACUGGAUGAAAAUUAAAACUCAACACAUCCACAUCUGUGGGACACAAUGCAAGCAUUCAUAAGUGCACAUUUUAUAACACUAAGUGCCAGCAUAAAAAACUGGAGAUAUUGAACACUAAUAACUUAAUGACCAAAUUGACCAAGAAAGAAAGAGAAGACCCAAGUUAAUAAAAGCAGAGAUGAAAGGGAGACAUUACAACAGACACGGAGAAAAUUCAGAGAACCACAAUGUACUAGAAAACUCCAUACUCCAGCAAACUGGAAAAUCUAAAAAGAAAGAAAGAAAGAAUAAAAGAGGAUGGAUUUCUUAAUACCUAUCAAAGUUAACAAAUUGAAGUAAUUAAUUUAAACAGACUUAUAAUAGCCAAUAAGAUGGAAGCAAUAAUAAAAGUCCCAACUAAAAAUGUUCAACCCAGAUAGAUUCUUCAGUCUUCAAACCUUCAGACCUUCAAAGAAGAACAACUACACUCUUUAAAUUAUUUCAUAAAUUAGAAAAGGAAUACUUUAAAAUUACUUUUAUGAAGUCAGCAUCACCUUGAUAAACAAACCUGAAAAAUAUCCAACACCACUGUCCCCCUCCCAACACACACACCAGGAAAGGAAGAAAAUUAGUGGCCAAGUUUUCUAUUCAACAUAGAUGCAAAAAUUCUCAAUAAAAUAAUUAUAAACCAAAUUCAAGAACACAUCAAAUAGAUGACCAGGAUCAAGGUGGAUGCAUCAAAGAGAUGCAGGGAUAGUUUAAUAUAAGUAAAAAAAUGAAUGACCCAAGAACAGAAACCCCAUGAUCAUUUCAUUGGACUUAGCAAAACCUUUUUACAAAGUCCAGUAUCUCUUUAUGAUUAAAGUCUUGCAGAAUCUAGGGAUACAGGGGACAUAUCUUAACAUAGUAAAAGCAAUGUACCAACAUCAUACUAACUUGAGAAAAAGAAAAAUCAAAGCAUUUGCAUUAAAAUCAAACUAAGAGAAGAAUUUCCACUCUUCCCAUUCCUGUUCAAUGUACUUCUUGAAGUCUUAACUUGAGCAAUAAUAUAAUGAAGGAAGUAGGGAAUACAAAUAAGGUAAAGAGAAAGUCAAAUUAUCCUUAGUUGCAAAUGAUAUUAUUCCAUACCAAAAAAAAAGAUUCUAAAGACUCUACCAGAGAAAGCUUAUAGCUGAUAAAUGCAUUCAGUAAAGAAGCCAGAAACAGAAUGAACACACAAAACAUUAGCCUUCCUAUAUACAAAGAACAAACUAGAAAGAAAUCAGAAAAAUAUCUCUGACUAAAUCAUUAAAUUAAAAAAAACAUGUCAUAAACAUUUUAAGACACUAGAAGAUGAAAAGACCUCCUGUGCUCAUGGAUACUUCGGACUAGCAUUGUGAAAUGGAACCUUGACAAAGGCAAUCUACAGAUUCAGUGCAAUUCAAUAAAAAUCCAACUCAUUUCUUCACAGAGUUUGAAAAUAUAAUCUUAAAUUUCAUUUGGAAACACACACACACACACACACACACACACAUGCACACACAUACUAAAAACUCAGAAUAGCCAAAACAGCCCUGAACAAUAAAAGAACUGUUAGAGGUGCCACUAACCCUGAUUUUAAGUUAUACUGGGAGCUAGUAGUAAUAAAGACAGAAUGGUCCUGGUAUAAAAACUGACCAAUUAGCCGGGCAUUGGUGGCGCACGCCUUUAAUCCCAGCACUCGGGAGGCAGGCCAGCCUGGUCUACAAAGCGAGUUCCAGGACAGUCUCCAAAACAAUACAGAGAAACCCUGUCUCGAAAAACCAAAAAAAAAAAAAAAAACUGACCAAUUGAUCAGUGGAAUAAAAACCAAGGCAUAAUCCACAUAACUUAGCCACAUGAUUUCUGAAAUAGAAGUCAAACCUAUGUGUUGGAGAAAAGAUGACAUCUUCAACACAUUGUGCUAGUCAAACUGGAUGCCUGCAUGUAGAAGAAUUAACCUAGAUCUGUAUCUCUCAACCUGUAAAAAGCUUAACUAAAAGUAGAUCAAGGACCUUGACAUAGACCUGAUGAUAUCCUUAAUCUCAUAGAGGAAAAAGUGAGGAAUAUACUCAAAUUUAGAGGCAUAGGAAAGGUCCCUAGCAGCACAGGCAUUAAGACCAACAAUUGACAAGUGGGACCACAUGAAACUAACACUCCCAUACAAGAGGCACCACCAUUCAAGGAAAGCUGCAGCCUACAGAAUGGGGGAAAAAUCUUAAACAGAUAUACAUCCAACAGAGGGCUAUUGUCUAGAACAUACAAAGAACUCAAAAACAUGAAGAAAACAAACCAGUUAAAAAUGGGUUAUAGAUCUAAACAGAGUUCUCAAGAGACAAAAUAUAAAUGGCUGAGAAACAUUUAAAACAAUUUUCAGUAUCUUUAGCCACUACUUUGAGAUUUCAUCUUACCCAAGUCUGACUGGCCAAGACCAAGAAACAAAUGACAACAGAUACUGGCAUGGGUGUUGGAAGAGGAGAAUACAAGCUGGGAAUGCAAACUGGUGUAACCACUAUGGAAAUCAGUGUGACGUUUCAAAAAAAAAACCCUGAAUAUAGAUCUACCAUAUGGUACAGCUGUACCAGUCUUGGGUAUACACCCAAAGGAUUCUAUGUGGUAAUGUAGAGACAUCUGCUCAUCCUUGUUCAUUGUUGCUCUGUCCACAAUAGCCAGGAAACAUCCUAGAUGUCCAUUCACUGAUAACUAGAUAGUGAAAAUGUGAUGUAUGUACACAAUGGAAUAUUAUUUAGCUGUUGAGAAAAAUGAAACUGGGUUUGGAGAGAUGGCUCAGCAGUUAGUAGC